ACUCGCAUAGAGUUCAUAUCGCUUGUGUUUCAACAAAGUAAAGAAAAACUCUUCAAUCUUGAAAAAUGUCUGGUCGUGGAAAGGGAGGCAAAGUCAAGUCAAAGGCGAAGACACGUUCCAACCGUGCUGGGCUCCAAUUCCCCGUGGGACGUAUCCAUCGUCUCUUGCGCAAGGGAAACUACGCUGAGAGAGUUGGUGCUGGUGCUCCAGUUUACCUGGCUGCCGUCAUGGAGUAUUUGGCUGCUGAAGUUCUCGAAUUGGCGGGAAAUGCUGCUCGUGACAACAAGAAGACCAGGAUCAUCCCGCGUCACCUUCAGCUGGCCAUCCGCAAUGACGAGGAAUUGAACAAAUUGCUCUCUGGCGUGACAAUUGCUCAGGGUGGUGUUCUGCCCAACAUCCAGGCAGUGCUCCUGCCUAAGAAGACCGAGAAGAAGGCCUAAAUUCUCCUCUGCUGGACAUCGCAUCAAGUCUCAUUUCACAUCAACACAAAAAAACGCCCUUUUCAGGGCGACAAAAUCAUUACAUAACGAGUUAUAAUAUGAAUUUCUUUCAACUGCUUUUAGAUAUUUUUUAAUAAAAUUUUAGACAAAAAUUUGAAUUCCUAAAAAAUUUACGAAAACAUCGACGUCAAAAAAAUAAAAUAAAAAAUACAUUAGAAUUACGUUACAAUUUGCU